GUUCGAAAAAUUGGUUCCGUCUCUGACGUCAGAAACUGUCUCGUCCAAGUUGAAAGUGGUCUGCAGUGCAGUUUCAUGUAAGUGUAAGACGCAGGCGCAACUGAUGUGGAACCUCGACAGUCUCUUGGCAAGUCUCUUCUAUUUCAGCCUUCUUCGUAUAAAGCCUGUGUCCAUGGAGCUACCCACUUGUUAGGGAACUGUGCUACCUUCCAGCCACUUGUGACUAGAUCGUUGUGCAGCUCAUGAUGCCCCGUUCUAUCCUAAAGCGACAGUCAACAGCGUCCGAUGCCGGAUCUGGUACUAGGUCUUUACGAUUGGCCCCCUAUUGGCCCCGCUCACGUCGUCCCCGCGUGCAUUUUCCCCCAACAUCAGUGAUAUCCUCUACCCAUCUAACUCACUCGCGAAGAGCGUACAACCGCAAGCCGAUUGUCGUAUCCCCCAACUUAUGCGAAUUACCGGGGCGCGACGAGCGAGUCUAUACCUGCACUUCUCCUCCUCCUAAAUUUGGUGUCGUGUCCUCCUCGUCCAAGAGGAGGUGCCUCCGCCCUGCUGCGUACAAGGCGUGCGAACCAGAAUCAGAGCUUCCAUCAUUGACGCUCGGUAUCUCCGAGCUCUCCCUGUCAGAAUCGCCAGCGCCCGAGGAAGAGUCCAAUGGCUCUGGUCCUGACUCCCCCGACAUACCUCCCAUCACAAUGCAUGCGCCCGUCCCACGUUGCCCAAGGAAGUUUAACCAAAUCUUGUCGUUUUUUGCUCGUGAGAAGUCGGACCCGGACUCUGGGGUAUUGCCCCGGGAUAAGACACCGGCGCAGAAUCCGCGGAAUACGACGCAAAGUGCUUUUCGAGAGCCGGAGCCUGACGGCUGUCUCGGCGGUUUUUAGAUAAUAUGUUAAAUUCGUUGGACGGUUUCUAUUAUUCUCGCAGUCAACAGUAUUCCAAUUCUAGUUUUGAUCAGGACAAAUUUUAGCCGCCCGUCGGCUUCCAAAUCUAAUCCGGAUUUGGAAGUACCGAUCGGAAUUCAUGUACCCAGAUAUAUGCAUCUUUUCUUGACUCGUAUCGGCCGUUUUCAUCGAUUACCACCACUGUCGUUAGUAUUACGCUCGGGGAUUCGGACGAACAUGACUCUCGCCGAUGAAAUUGCAGAACAC